AUGCUCGCCUACCCAAGCACGUCGGCCCCGCCGUGGCCGCAGCGCCACCCGGCCGCCGCUUCCCCGCGCCGCGUCGCGGUGGCGGCCGCACCCGCGGGUGCGCCGGCCAGGGGCAAGCGGCGGCGGGCGGGCGCCGGGGAGGCGGAGGCCGACCCGGCCGCCGAGGCCGCGGAGCUGGUGCGGUUCUUCCUGCGCAAGACCGACGGCGGCAAGGACCGGCUGGUGUCCGUGCUGGACCGCCACGUCAAGGUGGUCCGCACCGAGCACUGCUUCCUCCUCUUCGAGGAGCUCGGCCGCCGCGACGGCUGGGUCCAGUGCCUCGAGAUUUUCAGGUGGAUGCAGAAGCAGCGGUGGUACGUCGCAGACAACGGCAUCUAUUCCAAGCUGAUAUCUGUGAUGGGAAGGAAGGGGCAGAUACGGAUGGCCAUGUGGCUCUUCUCUCAGAUGCGCAACAGCGGGUGCAAGCCGGACACUUCGGUGUACAAUUCCCUUAUCGGUGCGCAUCUGCAUUCGCGGGACAAGAGUAAGGCUUUGGUGAAAGCUCUCGGCUAUUUUGACAAGAUGAAGGGCAUGGAGAGAUGCCAGCCGAAUAUCGUGACGUACAACAUCCUCUUGAGGGCGUGUGCUCGGGCUAGUGACACGAAGCAGGUGGACAUCCUUUUCAAGGAUCUGGAUGAAAGCAUAGUCUCUCCAGAUAUCUACACAUACAAUGGAGUGAUCGACGGAUAUGGGAAGAAUGGCAUGAUUACAGAGAUGGAGUCUGUAUUGGUGCGGAUGAAAAGCAAGCAGUGCCGCCCAGAUGUGAUCACAUUCAACAUACUCAUAGAUUCGUAUGGGCGAAAGCAGACAUUCGACAAGAUGGAGCAGGUGUUCAAGAGUUUAUUGAGGUCCAAGGAGAGACCUACCCACCCGACGUUUAAUUCCAUGAUAACAAACUAUGGGAAAGCAAGGCUUAGAGAGAAAGCUGAGUCUGUACUUGAGAAGAUGGGAGAAUUGGGAUUCAAACCGAAUUAUGUGACGCAAGAGUGUCUCAUCAAUAUGUACGCGUAUUGUGAUUGCGUCUCAAAGGCCCAGCAGAUAUUUGAUGAGCUCGUAAGCUCACAAAGUACUGUUCCCCUAUCUUCAUUGAAUGCCAUGCUUGAUGCCUACUGCAUGAACCGCUUGCCUAUGGAAGCAGAUCGGCUGUUGGAUAGUGCGAUUGAGAAAGGUGUAGUGCCCAGUGCUUCCACAUAUAAGCUGCUUUACAAGGCCUACACCAGGGCAAACGAUAAGAUGCUUGUCCAGAAGCUGCUCCAGCGAAUGAAUAAGCAGGGUAUUGUUCCGAAUAAAAAGUUCUUCCUUGAUGCUCUGGAAGCAUUUGGUACCUCCGCCAAUAAACCCAGGAGGGUACAAACCUCAAACUCUGCAAGAGAGUCAAGUAGUGAUUCUGCAAACAAUUCGGAAAUGGCUAGUUCAAGCAAGCCAGUGUCAAGUACUUUGGAAGCAGUUGGCGCUUCCGAGAAAAAAAUCAGGAUAUUACCCAAUUCAAACUCUGCAAGCAAGCCAGAUGCAGGUUCUGAAAGCAGUUCAGAAAUAGCUACGUCAAGCAAGCCAGAGCUAAGCUUUUCGCGAGUAGCUUCUUGA